GGGCAAAUUUGGGAAAUAAAAUAAUAUACUUAUAAUAAGAUAACCUUCUUCUCGUGCGCCAAAACCCUAGUUUUCUCAGUAUCACCUCUUCCAUCUCUUCUAGGGUUCCGCCGACUCGAAGACCGCACGAUACGAAAUGGCGAGGAUCAAGGUUCAUGAGUUGAGGCAGAAAUCGAAGGCAGAUCUCUUGUUGCAGCUUAAGGAUCUUAAGGCUGAGCUUUCUCUCCUUCGUGUCGCCAAAGUUACCGGCGGUGCUCCGAACAAGCUAUCCAAAAUCAAGGUAGUGAGAUUGUCGAUAGCUCAAGUAUUGACAGUAAUUUCUCAGAAGCAGAAGGCGGCGUUGAGGGAAGCUUACAAGAAGAAGAAGCUUUUACCUCUUGAUCUGCGCCCAAAGAAGACCAGGGCCAUUCGUAGAAGGCUCACCAAGCACCAGGCGUCUUUGAAAACUGAGAGACAGAAGAAGAAAGAAAUGUACUUUCCAUUGAGGAAAUAUGCUAUUAAGGUGUAGUGGUCAGUAUUAUAUUUGGUAGUCCAUUUUUAUAUGCAACAUCAAACCAGUUUUGUUGGCAAGUUUUGUCUCGUAAUCUUAUGUCGAAUACUCUUGAGGUAUUUCUCCCUAAACCAAGAUGUUUCGUUUUCAUUGACGAUUAUAUAAUUUUGACAGUUAAUAGCCUUUUUUUCUUGUUUA